AUGUCUUCCCUUUCCGAUGCCCGCUCCCGCGUUUGGCGUAUGCCGCCUGUCAACAUCCCCGGCCAUGUCUGUCUGACUUCCCCGACUGGUCGUCGUUUGGGAAGUCAUCCUGACUUUCCGGGGUCGACCGUUCAGUUGGACCACCUUUUCGUCUUCAAGAAACCGGGAAACACUGUGGAUGAACUUGACAUUGACACUACAUUCAUCGCCGGAACGGACAACAAGGGGCUGGACGAGAUGACUGAUGGCGAGCUGAGCAAGAGAGGAUGGCCCAAUACAGGCGGUCUGGAUGACAAGACUGUCAGUACCAGGGCUACUGCCUUUCAGCAGAUGGCUGAUGUCCUACGGGACGGUUCCCCGGACCAGUACAUUUCGGCGGAGCAAGCGAUCAUGAGUGCCCUCACUGAACUUGGCCUGACCGACGUACUCAGCCUGAAGCCGGAAGACCCCUAUAGUGCAGUGCCAGCACCCAGCGGAGUCGCCAUGUUCUUCCAGGGGGAUGGAGGUUUCGAAGUCAAGGACGAGGAGCGCAGACUCAUCGGUGUCAACGCCCGAUCGUGUAUCUCUUACAGUCCCGAGUCAAAGCAGUGGGAGAGCGGCGUCUGCAUCCAUGAUUCAAGAUUGGAUCGUCUCGACACACAGGAACAGGACUGGCCGUGA